AUGCCGUCGCGCAGAGUCGUCGGCGUCGACAGGCGCAAUCCUUGCACGCACAUCAAAAUGACCCGCCUCUUCGACCCUUAUGGCUCGUUCCGGUGCUCCAUGUGCCACAAACAUCCGAGCAUCGGCUGGCUCUACCGUUGCACUCUGGAUUCGCACGGCUUUCUUCCAGAAUCUGACUUCACAGGCACUCCAGCACCCUGUCCAAAAAUAGAUGACCCAAUGGAUGUGUCCGGUGCGUCAGUCAAUACUACCAUCAUCAAAACAAUGGGCCAGGGCAUUCUCGCAAAUGAAGAGGUGGUGUCGCUGCCCAAACAGAAAGACAAAGUCAAUGGCCUCCUUCUAGAGCAAGAGCAUAGACCUGAAACCUCGUACAGUGCCACUACAGACACAUCCACCGCCGACUCAUCAGUCACGGACAGAACCUUUUCGACAUUGCCUCAGAGUGCCAGCUUUUCGACCACCUCCUCUACCUCUCUUGAUGAAGAGAUACGAGCGGCUUAUGAUUGGAACGAGUUGCAAAAAGUCUGGAUGUCAGAACCAACACUCGUUCUCCCUUCGUCACCUCGACCGGCUCCAGCCGUCCUCGCAGAACAGCGAUCUGAGGAAGAGAAUGAGAAGGAGAGCGAGGAUGAGAAAGACAGGGAUGCCGAAAACGAAAGGGAAGGGGGAUGGGAAACGGUCAACGAAGAAGCCGUGCAAACAUGUAACCUCAUGGUCUGUCCAACUUGUCGACCAACAUACCGGGACCGUGCCUAUUGGGCCCUUGACGAUGUUCUCAACGGCCCUGUGCAAUGCCCUCCGAUCUGGGAGUGGGAGAAUCGGCGUCUCUCCGACGCGCGAAUUCUGAUGGGAAUCAGAUCCGCUCAAUCUGAGAGAGCUUCUUCUCAGCCAGCCAGCUCUCCCACUGAGUCUGUGCAGAGUCGCCUCCCUGUCUUGCGAGAGGAAGAAAUGGAUGAAGUCGACAAUGUUCAACCUCAGCCUCAGCCUGAGCCUGAGCCUGAGCCUGAGCCCGAUGGCGAAGAGAGCUCCAGACCCGAAACAGAUGCUCAUUCGGUCCGCAAACGCAGCGGAUUUCGAGAGACUGUCAGGAAGGUUCUAGCUAGAGCUCGACUCGAAGACACUUGCUCGGGCAGUAACAACAAUAUCAACACAACCGCCACCGACGCUUCCGACGCUUCUGAUCAGGAGAUGGCCACGGAUCGCCCUGGUUCUUUGAUCUUUAGACGCCGUCAGUCCCGGUGUAACACGUUGUCGUUUGUGCAGAGACACGGUCGCGUGGUCGACACCAGUGUCCUCCAAGAAUCAGUCACCCUCAUGCUGGCGAGGAACACUCCAGUUCCAACAACACCGCGCAUCGAAACUUCUCAAUCCGGAGGAGCAGUGGGAAGCAUCAACAGCAGCAGCACCAACAACAACAUCAACGCUGCCGACGUCAUCAGUCAAGCAUAA